UGGUGUUGACGAUUUUAUUAAGGUGGUCACAAACAAGCUUGUGUAUCACAGCUCUGCUGACAUCCCGGCUAACUCGUUGUCUGUGACAGAGUAGGCAGUCCCAGUUCACUCAUCCGCGACGCUGCGAGCAGUCAGCUUUAUCAAAGAGUCAGAACAACAGUGUGCUGGAAUGGUCAGGAAAACGGGGUUCCUUUUAGGAUGUGUCAACUCUACAGUGUAAUAAGGGAAAUAUUUAAGUUGUCUUAACGGCUUAGUGGGUAUAUUUGUUGGUGAGAUUAUCAGCUGCUUUAACUCUGAAGAUGGACAAUGGCUACAUCAUUGAUUUCUUGCCUAAUGUAACCUUAGAAUUUCCAAAUGGAGAAGUAAUUGAAAAUUUGUGUUGACAUACAAGAGGAAGUCUGAAUUUUUAACAGUGUCUGGUUUGUUUGUUGUAAAGGAAGCUAAGCUGUAGAUAAAUAAAGCCACGAUAUUGGUGCAAUAAUAUAAACAUCAGUAUACAGGCUGACCCUUUAAUAUUUCAUGAUUCUUCUCUGGACAGUUUAAUAAAAUUUUUCAUUCUGGAUUUAGUGUUUUACAAGAAGGUAGAGAUAUAAAGGAGCCAUUGGUAACCCAGCGUGGAGGAAAUGACCAGAGACCCCGCCUUUUGUGAAGGAUAAACACAAUCUACCAUGGCCGUUCUUUUCCUACUGAGUGCUUUAUCCUUUUUCGUGACUUCUUCUGCAGAAACUGUUGCGGAUUUUACUGUGAACGAACAGGAACCCCCAGGGAAUAAGAUUGGGAAUAUCCCCGUAAGAAGUAAUCUUGUCCAAAAGGCAAAUCUCUCCUCCGAAGUCUUUAGCAGAAUGAGAUACACUUUUCUCCAGCCUGAUAAUGAAUAUAAAACCGUAUUUAGCAUCAACGAAAUCACUGGUGAUCUUUUUGCAUCAAAAACCAUCGACAGAGAAGAGCUUCAGACCUGUAGAGGUUCUACCCGAUGUGUUUUAAAAUUUGAUGUGGCUGCAAGUGAACAAGGAGGGGGAGAAUUUCAAGUUAUAACAGUGAAUGUUAACGUCAAGGAUAUCAAUGACAAUGCACCACAAUUCUCAGUACCCGUAUUUACAGUCAACGUAUCAGAAAACUCGAAUGUUGGCCAUCAAGAACAGCUUCCUUCUGCUGUGGACCUAGAUACUGGUGUAAACAAUGGCAUACAGAGCUACGAAAUCUUCCCUGCCAAUGGAACAUUUGGGCUUAAUACUACCAAAAAGAUGGAUGGGGGCUUUGAUGUGAAGCUACAGUUACUGGAGAAACUAGACAGGGAAAAAACAGCAAAGUAUAUUCUUCAGAUUUUUGCAAAAGAUGGUGGCACUGAAAUGAACACUGGGAAACUGCAAGUUGAUGUUAUUGUUUUGGAUGAAAAUGAUAAUUCUCCAGUGUUUGGUGAAUCUGUUUACAAUAAGACUGUGAGUGAGAAUACGGAGCCUGGGACUACCAUCUUGAGUGUGACCGCCUCAGACAUAGACAGUGGGGCCAAUGGAGAGGUGGGGUACUUGAUCAGCAAUCAAGCCUACAGCGAUGUUUUCUCCAUCAAUACACGGACUGGAGACAUCACUCUACUCAAAAAACUGGUGUACGAGCCGAAUGAGAUCUACUCCUUUUUCGUUGAAGCAAGAGACAAAGGAACCAUUUCAAAGUAUGCCCAGGUCAAGGUCAAUAUUCAGAUAGAAGAUGCUGGGAACAACCCUCCCAUGGUCAAGGUCAAUUUGGUGUCAGGAAGUGGUGGGGUUGUUCCUAUUUCUGAACUGAUCAACAUUGAUGCAUUUGUGGCACACGUCAGUGUUGAGGAUUCAGACAAUGGUAAAAAUGGUGAAGUUCAGUGUUCAAUCUCUUCCUCUUAUUUUGGAAUAGAGCCUUUGUCCAGUAAAGGCUACAAGGUUGUGGUGAAAAGAAAACUGGACAGAGAAACAGCCAGUCAACAUAAUAUUACUGUGACAUGCCAGGACAAUGGAGACCCACGCCUCCAGUCGUCCAAGAGUUUCAUUGUAAGAGUUGUAGAUGAAAAUGACAAUAAACCCAUGUUUUCCCAACCUGUUUACUUUGCAAGCAUAGAAGAGAACAAUGCGAAAGGGGUGACUGUCACCAAGGUGUCAGCAACUGAUGAUGAUGUGGGACUGAACUCACAGAUUCAGUAUGUUCUUCACAGCGAUGCGGGCUCCUCUUUCAGUAUUAACCGUAUUACGGGUGUCAUUAAUGCUACAGGAGUUCUGGACAGGGAGAGUACUAGUGAUUAUUUGUUCCGCGUCCUCGCAGUGGACAGUGGUGUUCCUCCAAAAACCGGCACCGCAACUGUUAUUGUUAACAUUACGGACAUCAACGACAAUAAACCAAGGUUUACCGAGUCCCUGUUCACGUUUGAAGUCAGUGAGGAGAGUGAGCGGCAUACUCCUGUUGGUACUGUUGUAGCCCGUGAUCCAGACUUGGGACUGAAUGCCUUUUUGCAGUAUUCUAUGUCUCCACAGGAUAUUAAUGUUCCCUUUGAGGUUUUACGUAAUGGAACUGUGAUCACCAGUACAACAUUGGACAGAGAGUUUCUGAGUCAGUACAACUUCAUGGUGUAUGUCCAGGAUAGUGGUAAACCAUCUCUGAACAGUUCAGCUUAUGUAACUGUGUACGUAAUGGAUGCCAAUGACAAUACACCCAUUAUUCUGUUCCCAAACAAAAUGAACAACACUGUCUCUUCCACCGUCACCUCCCUUCCGAUCACAAAAAUAAUAGCGGAAGACAAGGACGAAGGCAUCAACAGACAGCUCACCUACUUCAUACAGAACGGAAAUGAAAAAGUCAUGUUUAACCUUCACUCUCAGACAGGCGAACUCUUUCUGAAUCGGGAUUACCACUUCAAGACAGAUCAGUCCGUCAGCCUCACUAUCUGUGUCAGAGAUUCUGGGCUUCCCGCAAAAACGGCAUGUACCCAACUGAAUGUUGAAGUCACAAUAAACAAUGUUACCAUAGCAACUCAAACACCAGAAUCCGACAAUAAAUACAUCUACAUUUCUAUCGGUGUUAUCAUCUUCACCAUCAUCAUCUCCGUCGCUAUUGUCAUCGUCAUACUGGUCAUCAGGAAGAAGGACAUUGAGCGCAAGAAAUACAAGGCCACCCCUGGUCCUCUGGGGGUCCCCAUGCAGAACGGGUACUCCCCCGCCGGUACAUCCAAUGUGCCCAGUGCCCCUCCUGAGGAGGAAUACAUGGAGAGGAAGAAAGUGACGUUUAAUCCCGGGACUCACAGCGAGGGGCAUCUAAAUAAUCCCAACAAUAACUACACUUCUAACAUCACACAAAAUAAUUUAUAUGACAAGCCACCAUCCUAUUCCUCCUUGAAAUCUGAUUCAAAAAUCGAAGCCAUGAACGCCUUAAAACUUCAGCAAAUUUUACUGAAAAAAGACAACCAGGUUGCUUCCCCUGGUAGAGUGCACCCUAGUGACAGUAACAGUGACACAUCAGGGGAGACCAUCCCGUCAGAUAGUGGGAGGGGAGGCAGUGAGGAUGAUAAUCCCAGUACUGCACAUACAGCAGAUGAUUCCAGAUCAUUCGAUUUUUACAACAACCAAUCCAUGUCUCCCAUUUCCUUCAUGUCAUCACUGCCGAAGAAAGACAGUAAACCCCCCAGACCACCUCCUUGCAGCAUACCCAGCAGCAGUGAAAAAAGACACUCAGCUGUUCCCUUUACUAGUGCUCAUAAUAUGCCAUAUACUCCCAUCUCAUAUAAAUCCCAACUCUCUGAUCCCUGGGACUAUAGGAACUCCAACUAUUACCACAGUGUUCACAAAGACUAUUUUAAUCUUGGAGGAGGUAGCAUCAUCAGCACCACAAAAUCCCGCGAGGAUGACGAUGAUGCUGCCACCACCACAUCAGGCAGCUACACAAUCAAUCCAGAAGAGCUGGAUGAGGAUCUCAACUUCAGAUGUUCCAAUGACUUUGUUGUGUAGGAGUGGGAUUUUAUAUCCAGACAUUGGGAUUUACAGUGCUAUAAAGCUUUAUUGUGAAGUAUUUUGUACUGAAUUCACACAAAUCAUACUCAUCAUACUUUCCAGAGUGUAGUUAGAAUAAUUUGUAUAGGGCUCCCACAUAACCAUUCCAUGUGUGAAAUAAUUUGUCCGUAUAUGGAAGAGAAAAUGUAUCGGAAGAGAUUACAUGUAUGAAACAAAUGUCUGUUGCCAUAAAUAUUUUUUUCACUACAGUAUUAUAUGUUUUUGACACAAAUUAUUGUGGAGAUGUAAAAAUACAUUCAUACAAAAUCUACAACAUUUAUGCAGCUUUAUUUACUUUGCAUAAUUAAUGCUAUAAUUGUCAAUACUUGCUGUUGGUUGCUGUUCACUUCAGCAAUAAUUCCUCCAAUGUAUAAAACAUGCAUGUACAUGUAUUUGUUCUUUGAGGACAUUUAUGGAGAAUAUGGGUAUAAGCUUUACUGGAGGCAACCUUGUUUCCUGUUUUUAUUUUUGUUAUGCUGAGUUAAAAUUGAAGUACAUUAUUUUACAUGUUAUAUAUUAAACAUAAUAAUAAAACAAAUAUAAAUGAA